CUUCCGACUUCUAAAUGUACACUUGAAUUUAUAUGUAUUAUCAAUGAUAUUUAAAUGCAUGUCAUAACGCUUAUCACUACCACACAAUAUCACUGACUAUUAGGACUAUAAUGGAAGAAGAUCUUCCUCUCAAUUAUGGUGAAAACCAUAGAUCUGAUGGAGGCAGACAACUAACUGUUCCUUCUUCAACCUAUUCAGAAGACAGUGAGUAUGUUGCUGCUGAGGAACAACUGACGGUAUUCAUAAGUGGGGAGGAAACGAUGUCUGAACUGAAGAAACGUCUUCAUAUAGAACAGAACCAGACUGUUGUUUUUGUAAACAGCAAUGAUCUAGAGGAAAAUGAAAUAGCUAGAGAGGAAAAAAAGUUUCAAGUAGCAUUCACAUUUGCAAGAGUUGAAUUUAAAGACAUGUUAAAUCCGGAAGUUACAGUAAAAGGUUAUAUAGCAGUUCAGUCGGACAUCGAUAUGAAAAGGUACGUACAGUACUAAAUUAAAUGUA